ACUUCACAGCCUUUGUUUGAGAGUGACAAGAAAAUAGCAACUUUUGAAUUCCUUUCUUUUUUAGAGAGACGAGAUCUCAGUGAGGGAGUGAGACAACCAUGGAGGGAAAGGAAGAGGAUGUUAAGCUCGGAGCAAACAAGUAUGCAGAGAGGCAGCCCUUGGGCACUGCAGCUCAGACAGGCAAGGACUACAAGGAGCCACCCCCAGCUCCUUUGUUUGAGCCAGGGGAGCUGCACUCAUGGUCGUUCUACAGGGCCGGGAUUGCAGAGUUUGUGGCCACCUUUUUAUUCCUCUACAUCAGCAUCUUGACUGUUAUGGGUGUAAGCACGUCCAAAGACAAGUGUGCCACUGUGGGUGUCCAAGGAAUUGCUUGGGCUUUUGGUGGUAUGAUCUUUGCCCUUGUCUACUGCACUGCCGGUAUCUCAGGUGGACAUAUCAACCCUGCUGUGACCUUUGGACUCCUCUUGGCAAGGAAGCUUUCCCUCACAAGAGCUCUAUUCUACAUCAUCAUGCAGUGCCUUGGAGCCAUCUGUGGAGCUGGUGUUGUGAAGGGCUUCCAGAAGACCGAGUACAUGCGCUUGAGCGGGGGAACUAACUUUGUGAACCAUGGAUACACCAAGGGUGAUGGCCUUGGUGCAGAGAUCGUCAGCACUUUUAUCCUUGUCUACACUGUCUUCUCCGCGACUGAUGCCAAGAGAAAGGCCCGAGACUCUCACGUUCCUGAACUGGUAUUAACCCAGCCAGGAGUCUUGGAGCUGCCAUUAUCUACAACAGAGACCGAUGACCAAUGGAUCUUCUGGGUGGGACCCUUCAUUGGUGCUGCUCUUGCUGCUGUCUACCACCAGAUAGUCAUCAGAGCUAUUCCUUUCAAGACCAGGGCUUGAGAUUCUUCCCACUUUUGAUCUCAAGCAAUCUCUAUGAAUUAUUACUUCUAUUUUCUUCUGCAUUUUCCCUUUCAGAUCAAGUGCAUGUGAUAUUAAGAUCAUAUCAAUUAUUUGUGCAGAUUUUUUCGUAAUAAAUUAAGUUUGUGACGUUUUUAAUGGAGAACUUUUGUU